AUGACGAAGACGGAUUCGGAGAUGGUGGAAGAUCCGCCGCCGGAGUUGGGAUCAAUUGGCAAGAGGAUGGAGAUCGGGGUUCCAGUCAACCGCCAAAGCGUAUUGCAGGCAGAGGGGCAGAUUGCCAGGUGCCUCGACAUAAUGCGGGGUGAUCUCUACAGUGACAAUGGCAAGGAUAUGAAGACAAUGGAAGCGACGGGUUGGCCUCUGGAUCGUCGGACAGGCAGUAUCCCGUCACACAAGGAUGAUUCCGAGGAGGAUACGAAGAAGCCGUCAUCGGGGGUGGAAUCGAAGGAGAAGGAGGCAGCGCUGAAGAUGGCGGUGAGUUUUGCUGCAUCGUCGAGCGGAGGUGAGGCGAAGUCGGGGGCAGAUCAGGUGGAAGAGUUCCCGACGGAGAUGGAGGCGGAGAAGGAUUCGUCGGAAUCGUAUCUUGAGAAGCCGGUAGCAGGCGGAGCUUUCCGCCGAAGGAGCAAUACGCCGGCAAGGAGGAGGUGUUCGGCGAACGCGGAGAGUAAAUGGGGCGGCGGCGUUCUCACGAACCCUAGGUUUCCAGCCUUGGGCCAAGCCGUGCAUAGGCAUGGAAGAUCGGGCCAGUCGAAUGUCUGGGCUUCCGAGUCUGAUGGGCCAGCAUUGGGGUCGACAAAGGGCGCAAGUUGCGGGCUGAGUCUGUAG